AUGACUUUCCGAGACCUCCUCAGCGUCAGUUUCGAGGGACCACGUCCGGACAGCAGCUCCGGGGGCUCCAGCGCGGGGGGCGGCGGGGGCGGCGCUGGCGGCGCGGCAGCCUCGGAGGGCCCGGCGGUAGGUGGCGUGCCGGGGUCCGCGGGCAGCGGCGGCGUGGUGGGCGCGGGCAGCGGCGAGGACAAUCAGAGCUCCACCGGGGAGCCGGGGAGCGCGGGUGCGGGCGGCGAGGUGAACGGCACGGCGGCCGUCGGGGGGCUGGUGGUGAGCGCGCAGGGCGUGGGCGUGGGCGUCUUCCUGGCAGCCUUCAUCCUCACCGCCGUGGCAGGCAACCUGCUUGUCAUCCUCUCGGUGGCCUGCAACCGCCACCUGCAGACGGUCACUAACUAUUUCAUCGUGAACCUGGCCGUGGCCGACCUGCUGCUGAGCGCCACGGUGCUGCCCUUCUCGGCCACCAUGGAGGUUCUGGGCUUCUGGGCCUUCGGCCGGGCCUUCUGCGACGUGUGGGCCGCUGUGGACGUGCUGUGCUGCACGGCCUCCAUCCUCAGCCUCUGCACCAUCUCCGUGGACCGGUACGUGGGCGUGCGCCACUCGCUCAAGUACCCCUCCAUCAUGACCGAGCGCAAGGCGGCCGCCAUCCUGGCGCUGCUCUGGGCCGUCGCCCUCGUGGUGUCCGUGGGGCCGCUGCUGGGCUGGAAGGAGCCGGUGCCCCCCGACGAGCGCUUCUGCGGCAUCACCGAGGAGGCGGGCUACGCCGUCUUCUCCUCGCUGUGCUCCUUCUACCUGCCCAUGGCGGUCAUCGUGGUCAUGUACUGCCGCGUGUACGUGGUCGCUCGCAGCACCACGCGCAGCCUCGAGGCGGGCGUCAAGCGUGAGCGGGGCAAGGCCUCGGAGGUGGUGCUGCGCAUCCACUGUCGCGGCGCGGCCACCGGCGCCGACGGGGCGCAAGGGGUGCGCAGCGCCAAGGGCCACACCUUCCGCAGCUCGCUGUCCGUGCGCCUGCUCAAGUUCUCCCGCGAGAAGAAGGCGGCCAAGACGCUGGCCAUCGUCGUGGGCGUCUUCGUGCUCUGCUGGUUCCCCUUCUUCUUCGUCCUGCCUCUCGGCUCCCUGUUCCCGCAGCUGAAGCCAUCGGAGGGCGUCUUCAAGGUUAUCUUCUGGCUCGGCUACUUCAACAGCUGCGUGAACCCGCUCAUUUACCCCUGCUCCAGCCGCGAGUUCAAGCGCGCCUUCCUCCGCCUCCUGCGCUGCCAGUGCCGUCGUCGCCGGCGCCGUCGCCCCCUCUGGCGCGUCUACGGCCACCACUGGCGGGCCUCCAGCGGCCCGCGCCUCGAUUGCGCCCCGAGCCCGGGCGCCGCGCCCCCCGGGGCCCCGCUGGCCCUCACCGAGCCCCCAGCCUCCGACUCCCCGGGCACGUCCGAGGCGCAGGCUCCGGUCGUCGGCCGUCGAAAGCCGCCCUCCGCCUUCCGCGAUUGGAGGCUGUUCGGGCCGUUCCGCAGACCCACCACCCAGCUGCGCGCCAAGGUCUCCAGCCUGUCGCACAAGAUCCGCGCCGGAGGCGCGCAACGCGCAGAGGCAGCGUGCGCCCUGCGCUCAGAGGUGGAGGCCGUGUCCCUAAGGGUGCCCCAUGAUGUGGCCGAGGGCGCCACCUGCCAGGACUACGACUUGGCGGACUACGGCAACCUUCGGGAGACUGAUAUUUAA